GACUAAUUAACCGUUCGCCCCAUCGCAGCUCUAAAAAGAUUUUGGCAGCGUUAGAUCGGCAACGCACACACUAGAGCUUACUGUUUUUUUUUUUUUUUCUUCCCUCAAUACGAGCCAGUCAGUCAGUGCCUGCCUUGUCUGCCCUGCCCUGUCCCUUCGGCCGGCCCAUGGCAAAGCUCAAGUGAGUACCUAGACUCAUGCUACGCCGCACCCUGCUGGUGACUCGUAGUUUUGUCCAUCUCAUGAAACGAAAACUGGACACGGCAACAUCAGACGGACGUCCGACGCCUGGCAUGGGCUCCAUCAUUCUCAACCCCCGCGAGAAGCAGUUCAAGGCUCUGCUGCUCGAUGUUGCUCAGGGCAUACCAGCCAAGCCCGAGCCAGUGACUCUGCGAUGGGCUGGUGGCUGGGUCAGGGACAAACUUCUAGGCAUAGAGAGCCACGACAUCGACGUUGCCAUUAGCUGCAUGACCGGCGAGGCCUUCACAAAGGAGCUCGUUACCUUCUGCAAUGACGCUGCCAAUCGUGAGCGUCAUGGAAUCUCAGAAGGUGACAUUGGCAACCUGCACAAGGUCGCCGCAAACCCAGACAAGUCCAAGCAUCUCGAGACUGUGACGACGCGCAUGUUUGGCCUCGAGGUCGACUUUGUCAACCUGCGCAAGGAGACGUACACAGAGGACAGCAGAAACCCUCAGAUGGAGUUUGGCACCGCUGAGGAGGAUGCACUGCGUCGCGAUGCCACCGUCAACGCCUUGUUCUACAACAUACACACCAGCGAGGUUGAGGACUUUGUCGGAGGUCUGCACGACCUGGAUCAGAAGCUCAUCCGGACCCCACUGGAACCGCUGCAGACCUUCAAGGAUGAUCCGCUGCGUGUGCUUCGCCUUGUGAGAUUUGCGAGUCGCCUGGGUUUCACUAUUCACCCUUCUGCAGAGAAGACAAUGAGUGACCCCGAGGUGCUCGAGGCCCUCAGGCUGAAGAUUAGUCGAGAGCGUGUUGGUGUUGAAGUCGAGAAGAUGCUCAAAGGCAAGCAUCCAAGAGACUCUUUACACCUGAUGGACAGGUUGCAGCUCUAUCAAGCAAUAUUCACAGAUCCGAGUCGCACCAACCUCCCGUCACCAGACCUUUCCAGAUGGAGCACAGCAUAUGAGUGUAUGAACCAUCUGACAACUAACACAACGCCGGGUUCCAUCUAUCAUGUACUCGUCAGAACAGAGGAGGAAGCCUACUUUUGCUGGAUUCUCACUGCCGUCUUACCCUGGGAGGUACUGGAUUUGCCCGAGGAAAAGAUCAAGGGGUCACAAACCCUCCCAAUAGCAACAUUGGCAGCAAGGGAGGGUAUCAGGGCAAACAACAAACUGUGUGAUAUUGUUACUGCCACCCACCGCAACAGGAAAGAGAUACAAAUGCUCAAGAAGGCUGUUUGCGACAAUGAGCCAUACGUAAAAGAGCGUGACCGUAUGGGAAUGGCUGUACGCCGAUGGGACACACGCGUUGGGAACUGGAGGCCACAGGUUCUAGCUGCCGCCCUCGCUGAAGUCAUGACGUGCACCGAGUCAGGAUCAGUAAAGAGUGAGUACUGUUUUGAUGCCGCUCUACGCGACGUGUCUACCAUAACUAAUGAUGAUUUUGCCCUCUCUCUCUCUCUCUCACACACACAAAAAAAAGGCCGAGAUGAAGUGUUGAGUGGGUGGCAAAAAUUCCUGGACCACCUGGAUGAACUCGACGUACUUGAUGCGCCUUCUUUGAAGAAAAUCAUUGAUGGCAAAACACUCUCAAAGGCACUCGGAGUUAAGCCGGGCCCUUGGAUGACCUCUGCCUUGGAUGUAUGUGUGGCCUGGCAACUUCGAAACCCCGGUGUCACAGAUACAACAGAGGCCGUUGAGGAGGUUCGACGACGAGCAAAUGAGUUGGGUAUUGCUUUGAGCAAAUGAAAGUAAAAUCUUCCUUUGUCAUUAAGAAAUGGGGCUUCACCAGCUGGGGAUUUGAGGGAACCAAGAUAAAAUCUGGGAUGGUAGGGAACCUAGGCUUCAGGGGUCAACCCUUGACUGCGUCAAUGACAAAGCCCGACGUGGCAGUGCGUUUAGAAUUCAAGAUACCCAUUUGAACUUGGAUCAAGUUAUGCAUCAUACUAAGCAU